UGUACGGGGUCUGUCUGCUGCCCCAGGCCUUUCACCCUGCAGGGACUGCACCAUGUCGAGGAUGCAGCUGGUGCUGCUGGUGCUGGUGGUGGCCACCUGCGGAGAGCUUGCGGUGGCCCUGAGAUGCUACAACUGUCAAGAACCCACCAGUGUGUCCAGCUGUGUCAACAUCAGCACCUGCAAGGCCAACGAAACCAUGUGCAAGACCACACUCUACUCCCUGGAGUUAGUGUACCCCUUCCUGGGGGACUCCACGGUGACCAGGUCCUGCUCCAGCAAGUGUGUGCCCUCGGACGUGGAUGGCAUCGGCCUGACCCACCCUGUGUCCUGCUGCAACACUGACCUGUGCAACGUGGACGGGGCGCCCACCCUGGGCAGCCCCCGCCUGGCCUUUGCCCUCCUGCUCAUCCCCCUCUGGAGCCUCGGACUCUAGAGAACCCCCACCCCAGGCAGCCCAGCCUGAGCCCCUUGAAGAAGCACU